AUGGCGCAUCAUCCUAGUAGUACAAGAAACAAAAAUACAAUCACUCCUUCAAGAAAUAAUAUUGUAAUUCAUGAACUCAAAGACGAAGAUAAUGAUUGUAUUUUUGUGAAGGAGGUGACAAAUUCUAUGUCUAAGUCCAAGGGAAAGCAGAAGAUAAUAGAACCUAAACAAGAGAGCAAGUACUUUGAAUCCACAAAUUUCCGCAAAAAUAUUUCAAUUGUGAAUGUUGAUGACGACGAAUACGACGAUGACGUUACUAUCAUUAACGUGACACCGAGACCUUCCUCUAGGCCAUUGUCGCCGUCGUGCUCGUCUUCAAAGAGAAGGAGAUCAUAUAUUAGCUGCCCUACGGUUGUUGAAGUAGGCGAAUCAUCCUCGUCGAAAAAGUCUAAGGAAAAGAAUGAUGAAAUGUACGCUAAAAUUUGUGAGAUAAAGGAAGUAGCGUUUGUUUGUGACAUAUGUGCGGACUCAAAACCUCAACAAGAGUCGUUUUGGAUAAAGGGAUGUUCUCAUUACUAUUGUGUCGAUUGUAUGAGAAAUUAUGUCGAUUCCAAGCUCGAGGGCGGUGUUUCUCAAAUCGAUUGCCCGGUCCCUAAAUGCUCUGGAACAUUAAAUCCGGAGCAUUGUAGGGAGAUUUGA